AUGCCUGCUGUAAAUGAUGGCUCGGGGGAACUGGCCAUGUACCGGGCGUCUGCCCAAACGCCAUUUUUCGAUGUAAGAAAACAAGAGCUGCCUCCUGCCGUGUCUCCCAAGCAAGUUACCCUGCGUGAUCGCGUAACCAUUGCGACCCUCGUGCCCUUUCCCGCUGCAGCCGCAUUACCGCAUUCGCUCCUGGUUUACCUGUGCGAUCAAUUGAACAAAGAGAUAGAAAAGGGUGAUACGUAUCCCAUGGACAGUCCAAUGUCUCUGGAGGAAUUUGGCGCGCUUUGGUUUUCCAAGUUCGGGGCUGUGAUGCUACUAGGCGAGGUUAAAGAUGUCGCAGACGUGCAGUCAAUGGGACUUUCCGGGGCAGACUGGAAAAAGACAUGUUUGGGAAGCUUCAGUAUAAAGCCGAAUUAUCCUGGUCGAAGUAGUCAUGUCUGCAAUGGGGCAUUUUUGGUGACUGAUGCAUCGAGAAAUCGUGGUGUUGGGCGGUUGAUGGGAGAAUGUUACCUUGAGUGGGCGCCGCAGCUGGGGUACACCUAUUCCGUUUUCAACUUAGUAUACGAAACAAAUGUUGCCUCAUGCCGCAUAUGGGAUGCUCUUGGUUUCAAACGCAUCGGCAGGGUUCCCGGGUGCGGAAACUUAAAGUCAUAUCCGGGUCAAUUAAUCGAUGCGAUUAUCUUUGGUCGAGAUUUGGGCCCCGAAGGAGAGGAUUUCGUUUCGGAGGAACGAUUUGACAAGAUUAGAUAUUACUUAAAGCAUUCGAAAUAUCCAAGUGGCGCCGAUCGAGCAGAAAAAAGCCGACUACGGAGCGCAGCAACGCACUAUAAACUUGUUGGCGGACAGAAUGGAGAACCGGAAAAACUCAUGUUGAAAGAUAAAGAGGUGGUAUCAGACCCUCAGCAACAGUAUGAGAUUGCGCGCAAGGUUCAUGAACAGCAACAUGGCGGGAUCAACAAAACAACGGCAAAUAUUGCCUUGAAAUUCCAUUGGGUCAGGAUCAAAGAGACUGUGAGCAUGGUAAUCAAAAACUGUGAGAAAUGUAAAGAAUCUCCCAAGGCUCCAGUUCCUGUCACCGAUAUCCUAAGCUCCAGAAGAGAUAAAUCAUCGACCCCUAGAGAACAGAAGAACGAUAUGUCUCCUAACAGAUUCGGAACCCCCCCAGAGCAACUCUCUAAUGUCCAUCAAUACAUCAAGGAAGACCCCUUCGGUGGCCCUACAACACCUGUAUUGCAUGGUGCACUGGACGAAAUGAAAUUCCAAACGGAAUCAGACGAUAUGGGAGAAUAUGCUGAUAUUCCCUUGGAUCCUCAGAUUAUGGACGACAUUCAGCAUCACCUUCCGACCUUCCCGCACCAUAGCGACGUGGAUCCUUAUGAACCCAAUGGUCUUCAUGAAACGCACGGCUUAGGCCAUGACUUUGACCCUACACAUUUACAGCAUCACGACGGCACGAAUGAUUUUAGAAUUGUUGAGGAUGAUGAUACGUUAAUAGCGUCGCAGGCGGCGGCUGCCCUACGAGACCAAACGAUGCACCUGGUCGAUACAUCUCGACUGCAUAAUGAAUCGCAAUUGCACCGUGACCUCCUGGCAGCGGGCUUCGUUAGUCGGGAGGAGCCAUCUCAGUUCGAUGGUCGAUAUUAA